GCCGAGGCGAGUGACUGGCAGCGGACCGACGGGGCCGGGGCGGGGCGGUGGCAGCCCAGUAAGGAGCGCGCGGGUGGACAGGCCCCGCCCCCGCCCCGCCCCAGUGACCUUCACAGGCCGGGCGGCGGGCGCUGGCCAGGCGGCAGCGGCGGCGGCUUUAGCGGCGCGAUGUUUGUGCAGGAGGAGAAGAUCUUCGCGGGCAAGGUGCUGCGACUGCACAUCUGCGCGACCGACGGCACCGAGUGGCUGGAGGAGGCGACCGAGGACACCUCGGUGGAGAAGCUCAAGGAGCGCUGCCUCAAGCACUGUACUCAUGGGAACUUAGAAGACCCCAAAAGUGUAACCCAUCACAAGCUAAUACAUGCUGCUUCAGAGAGGGUGCUGAGUGAUAGCAAAACAAUCCUGGAAGAGAAUGUCCAAGACAAAGAUGUCUUACUGUUGAUAAAAAAGCGAGCUCCAGAUCCACUUCCUAAGAUGGCAGAGGUUUCAGCAGAAGAAAAGAAAAAACAAGACCAGAAAGCCCCGGAUAAAGAUGCCAUAUUUCGAGCAACUGCCAACCUGCCCUCCUACAAUAUGGACCGUGCUGUGGUCCAGACCAACAUGAGAGAUUUCCAGACAGAACUCCGGAAAAUCUUGUUGUCUCUCAUCGAGGUGGCACAGAAGUUGUUAGCACUGAAUCCUGACGCAGUCGAAUUAUUUAAGAAGGCAAAUGCAAUGUUGGAUGAAGAUGAGGAUGAGCGGGUAGACGAGACCGCUCUGCGACAGCUCACCGAGAUGGGCUUUCCAGAGAGCAGGGCUGCCAAAGCUCUUCGACUGAACCACAUGUCGGUACCUCAGGCCAUGGAGUGGUUAAUUGAACAUGCUGAAGAUCCCACCAUAGACACACCUCUUCCAGGCCAAGUCUCACAAGGUGCGGUGGGGGCUGAGGCCACCUCUGAGGCUAUUGCUGGGACAAGUAAGGAAGCUGAAGAGGCUAGAGAUGAAUUGACAGAAAUCUUUAAGAAGAUCCGGAGGAAAAGGGAGUUCCGGCCUGACUCACGGGCUGUCAUCUCCCUGAUGGAGAUGGGAUUCGACGAAAAGGAAGUAAUGGAUGCCCUCAGAGUGAACAACAACCAGCAGAGUGCUGCUUGUGAAUGGCUGCUGGGAGACCGGAAGCCCUCCCCCGAGGAGCUGGACAAGGGCAUUGAUCCUGAAAGCCCUCUCUUUCAAGCCAUCCUGGACAAUCCAGUUGUGCAGCUGGGCCUAACCAACCCCAAAACGCUACUUGCAUUUGAAGACAUGCUGGAGAACCCACUGAAUAGCACCCAGUGGAUGAACGACCCAGAGACGGGGCCAGUCAUGCUGCAGAUCUCCAGAAUCUUCCAGACCCUGAACCGCACGUAGCCUGUCUUUCUGCUACACUGGCUGCGCCUCAGCCCAUCCCACAGGGGUGGGUGCCACCAGGUUCUCUUCUUCUUUCUCUGCCAAGUGGCAAGAGGGGUGGACCCUUUGCCUCCACUGGGCUGUGGAGAGGGAAGGACUGGGCCAGAAGGUCCCAGCCGAGCCUCCUUGAAAGCCCUGGAUGGUCAGGGGUGCCAGGCUGUUCCAUGCUUUGAUCUUAAUACUAAAAACUUCUGUGAUGGUAGAGUGUGAGGCCGUAUUUCUAGCAUCUGACAGUGGUUACAGACAGGUGACUGUGGCCCUGGGAGAGGCUGCCUCCCCCAGAGCAUCCCCUCGGGUGUCUGUGAUGCUACUUGAACUGACGUCUCCAGGCAGUGCCGAGCCCCCAUUACCUGAAAGAAGGCAUGUUUCAACCCAAAGUGUUACCGUCAAGCAUACUAAGUUAAGUAGAGUAAUUCACAGAGAAUUUUUCUUUAAUAAAUAAAUUCCCUUUUCCUAC